AUGGAGAGUCCCCAUAGGCAUUUGUUGAUCGUCCUAAUAGCAACCUUCGCCAUUUUUGACCUUGGUCGAGCUCAGGAUCAAGAAGGGUUCAUCAGUUUGGAUUGCGGGUUACCCCCGAAUGAAGCUUCUCCUUAUACCCAUCCUAAAAGUGGCUUGAUAUUCACAUCAGAUACAAACUCCAUCCAGAGUGGAAAAAUUGGAAGAAUUGAAGCAAGUCUAGAGGAAACGUACAUGAAGAUGCUGUGGACGUUGAGAUAUUUUCCAGACGGAAAACGCAACUGCUACAGUUUCAACAUCAAGCAGGGAACAAACUAUUUGAUUAGAGCUAGAUUUCUCUAUGGAAAUUACGACGGUCUUAAUAACUAUCCUAAGUUUAAUCUUUACAUAGGCCCUAAUUUUUGGAAGUCAGUGGAUUUGAACGCAGAUGAUGGUGUCUCAAUGGGCGAGAUCAUUCACUCUCCAAGAUCAAACUACUUGGAUGUGUGUCUUGUUAAGACAGACACGUCAACACCAUUUAUAUCGGCGUUAGAACUAAGGCCUCUACCAAAUAACAGCUAUAUCACUACGUCGGGUUCAUUGACCUAUUGGACGCAGUACUUUAUUAGCGAAUCAGAAAAGGUUCUAAAGUUCCCAGAAGAUCACUAUGAUCGAAUAUGGGUCCCGUACCUUGAGAAAGAAUGGAAGAAGAUUUCCACCGCAGUCAAAGGAAACAACACUGGUAGCUUUAACUUGCCGGAGACUAUAGUCACGACCGCUGCAACACCUGCGAAUGCGAGUGAACCAUUGACAUAUACAGAGUAUCUCGAUACUCCUAGGGAUAAAAUUUUCUAUUUCCUCCACUUCUCUGAGGUUCAAGUCUUAAAGGCAAAUGAGACUAGAGAGUUCAAUAUUUCGUGGAAUGGAAAAAUUAUUUCUGAGAAUUAUAGGCCUGUAUAUCUUCAGCCCAAGACAUUCUACAAUGCGUAUCCAGUUACAUGUGAAGACGACGGCGAGUGUGUCUUAGAGCUGAAAAAAACUCAGAGGUCUACUCUCCCACCUCUGCUUAACGCCAUUGAAGUUUAUGUUGUUGUCGACUCUCCACAAUCUGAAACGAAUGAAAAUGAUGUGCUUACUAUCAGAAACAUCAAAGCCACUUAUGGAUUGAAGAAAAUUGUAUGGCAAGGAGAUCCAUGCGUCCCACAAGAGUUUUCGUGGGACAGCCUGGCUUGCUUCAUUGUAGAUAAGUCUACACCACCGAUAAUCACAUCCUUAAACUUGUCUUCAAGUGGGUUAACGGGAACCAUAGCAGAUGGAAUUCAAAAUCUUACCCAUCUAGAAAAAUUGGACCUGUCCAAUAACAGUUUGACUGGAUUAGUGCCGGAAUAUCUAGCAAACAUGAAAUUUUUGACGCUUUUAAACUUGAGCAAGAACAAUCUGAACGGUUCAAUUCCACAAGCUCUUCGUGAUAGAGAAAAGAAAGGACUUACGAUUAUUUUCGAUGAAGAAGGAAAAAACCCAUGUUCACCUGGCUCAUGUGCCCCAAAGAAGAAGUCUCCAGUGCUAAUUAUUGUUGCAGUAGUCGCUUCGGUCGUUGUGGUCAUUAUAGUGGUACUGGUUCUCGUUUUUGUGUUGAAAAAGAACAAAGCAUCUAUCCAUGUGGAAGCUCAACCACCGUCAUCAGUGACACCUCGUGGAAAUGUAACAUCCAGCGGUAUAUCUGAUUCAUCGAUUGAGAAUAAAAGGAAACGGUUUACUUACGCAGAGGUUAUGGAAAUGACAAAAAACUUGCAAAGACCACUUGGUGAAGGAGGGUUCGGCGUUGUCUAUCACGGGGAUCUAAAUGGUUCACAACAAGUAGCUGUUAAAGUACUCGCCCAAUCAUCAGCACAAGGCUAUAAAGAAUUCAAAGCAGAGGUGGAACUUUUGCUAAGAGUUCACCAUAUAAAUUUGGUAAGCCUUGUCGGAUAUUGCGAUGAAAAGGAUCACUUAGCUCUUAUCUACGAAUACAUGUCCAAUGUAGACUUAAAACAUCAUUUAUCAGGAAAACAUGGUAGUUCUGUUUUGAGCUGGAGUACUCGACUACAGAUAGCCAUCGACUCCGCACUAGGAUUGGAAUAUUUACAUACUGGAUGCCGACCAUCGAUGGUGCAUAGAGAUGUCAAAUGUACGAAUAUUUUGUUGGGCGAGCAUUUAGUAGCCAAAAUUGCGGAUUUCGGACUUUCAAGAUCUUUCCAACUCGGAGAAGAAUCACAAGUUUCGACAGUUAUUGCUGGUACUCCUGGAUAUCUUGAUCCUGAAUAUUACAAAACAGGUCGGUUGGCUGAGAUGAGCGAUGUUUACAGUUUCGGGAUUGUAUUAUUGGAGAUAAUCACAAACCAACGUGUGAUUGAUCAAACCCGCGAAAAGUCUCACAUAACAGAAUGGACGGCAUUUAUGCUAAAUAGAGGAGAUAUUACCAGAAUCAUGGAUCCUAACCUUUACGGUGAUUACAACUCUCGCUCUGUCUGGAGAGCUCUUGAAUUAGCUAUGUUGUGUGCAAACCCUUCUUCAGAGAAACGACCAACCAUGUCUCAAGUUGUUAUCGAAUUAAAAGAGUGUCUUAUUUCCGAAAACUCCAUGAAAAGUAAGAAUCAAGACAUGAAUUCUCAAAGUUCCCUGGAAGUGAGCAUGAGCUUUGAUACCAAGGAUGUCCCUAGUGCAAGGUAA